AUGGCUACCACCACUAGAUUAGUAUUUGUUUACGCUGUUUUAGCUUUCUUUUUAUUGCAAAUCUCCUCCUCCUUCUCAUCCUUGGAUACACCAUCUCCAUCUCCAUCUCCUCAAGAAUCUGACGACGCCUAUUCACCAUUACUAUCUCCUCCUCUUCCAUCUCCAUCUCCUUCUCUCUCAUCGGAAACCGGAUCUCCGUCAGAUUCACCAUUGGCAUCUCCACCAGCACCACCGCCUUCAGAUCUGACGGUUCCUGGGCCCGUACCGGUUACAAAUGUUCCAGUACCGUCACCAUCACCGACGGAAGCGAGCGACAUCAAUCACAGCAACAAUGUGGAAGCAGGAAGUGGCGGUGGAGACGAAUCGAAGGGAAUGAGUGGAGGGAAGAAGGCGGGGAUAGUAGUAGGAGUGAUAGUGGCGGCGUGUUUGGUUGGAUUAGGAGGAUUGGUUUACAAGAAGAGACAGAAUAAUAUUCGAAGGUCUGAUUAUAGUUAUGCUGCUAGAAGAGAGCUUCUUUGA